CCUAACACAACGCGCGCGCCCUAGUUCCAGUUACAUUUCGAUCUCCCCUCUUCUCAACGCGAGUUUGUUCUUCAAGGUUUCCUCGUACAACAAUGGUGGGCGAGGGCCGCUCAAGCAAAAAGCGCAAGAGGGCGAUGCGUCGUGGAGCAGACAAAAGCCAAGACAUCGUUGUUUCUGGUUCUUCCGACGCCACAAAAUCUCAGAGGCUUUCCGGUUCGUCUAGUUUUCUCGAUAAGAUGCGAGCUCGUUUGUCAGGAGGGCAUUUCAGGAUGCUUAAUGAGAAGCUGUAUACCUGCACAGGGGAAGAGGCGCUUAGUUAUUUCAAAGAAGACCAGGUUCUGUUUGAUGUUUAUCAUACAGGAUACCAAGAGCAAAUGUCGCAUUGGCCUGAGCUGCCUGUGAAUUUAAUCAUAAAAUGGCUGAAAGAGCACGAUCCUUCAUUUAUGGUAGCUGAUUUUGGCUGUGGGGAUGCACGCCUUGCUAAAAAUGUGAAGAAUAAAGUUUUCUCGUUUGAUCUGGUUUCCAAAGAUCCUUCUGUUGUUGCUUGUGAUAUGUCAAAUACACCUCUGGACUCUUCAUCUGUGGAUGUUGCUGUGUUUUGUCUGUCACUUAUGGGGAUCAAUUAUGAAAGUUACUUGGCAGAAGCACAAAGAGUACUUAAACCACGUGGAUGGCUUCUAAUAGCAGAAGUUAAAAGCAGAUUUGACCCAAGCAAUGGAGGAGCCGAUCCCAAAAAGUUCAUAAAGGCUGUUUGUGAGCUAGGUUUUGUCUCAGCUUUGAAGGACUUCUCAAACAAGAUGUUUAUCUUGUUAUACUUCAAGAAAAAGGAUGAGAAAAUUUCUACAGAGAAAGCCAUCGAUUGGCCACAGCUAAAACCUUGUUUAUACAAACGUCGCUGAGUUUGCUAUUAUUUCUUUGUCGUGUUCAAAAAAUUCUAUAUUAUAUAAUCUUAAUGGAAAUCAAUCUGUAGUUCAUUGUUUUACAGUGGAAUGUUUGUCUUAGUUGAGCAAUUACUGAAGCCUGAAGCUUUCUUGGGCCUU